CUCCACUAUUAUAUUGGCCCUUUGAACUGUCCAAUAACAUAAAUUAAAAUGUGUGACGUAAAAGAAAUAAAGAAUUACAUCAACGGUGUGUUUGUUGAACCAAAAUCUGGAAAGUUUAUCGAAAGCUUGUGUCCAGCUACUGGGUUAAUCAAUGCAAAGGUCCCAUCAAGUGAAACAUCAGACGUUGAUGAUGCCGUACAAAGCGCUAAGCAAGCCUUUUAUGGUUGGUCGAAUACAAGUCCACAGGAUCGUUGCAACAUUAUGAGGAGAAUCGCUGAUAUCUUGGAAUCAAGGUUGGAUGAAUUUGCUCAACUUGAAUCACAAGAUCAGGGCAAACCAGUGACCUUAGCAACAAGCGUUGAUAUUCCUCGAGCGAUUUAUAAUUUCCGGUUCUUUGCUUCUGUCAUCUUACAUGAAACAGACGAUUGUACACAUCUCACCAACCCAACCAAUGCAUUGAAUUAUGUGCAUAGGAUGCCUGUAGGUGUGGCUGGGUUGAUAAGCCCCUGGAACCUUCCUUUAUAUUUAUUAACCUGGAAGAUUGCACCAGCCAUUGCAUUUGGCAACACCUGCGUUGCUAAACCAUCAGAAUUCACAAGCGUGACUGCAUGGAAGUUGUGUGAGGUGUUCACUCAAGCAGAACUACCUCCAGGUGUCGUGAAUAUUGUGUUUGGGGACGGACCAACUGCAGGGGAGGCGAUCGUAAAACACAAAGAUGUUUCAGUGAUUUCAUUCACUGGUAGCACCGCAGUGGGUCAUCAUAUAUCAGAAGUGGUUGCUCCACUUUGUAAACCUGUCUCCCUUGAAUUGGGGGGAAAGAACGCAGCCCUUGUGUUUGGUGAUGCAAAUCUUGAUGAUUGUGUUCAAUGCUGUGUAAGAUCAAGCUUUGCUAACCAGGGAGAGAUAUGUUUAUGUACAAGUCGAAUAUAUGUUGAUUCAACAAUUUACGAGGAAUUUGUUGCAAAAUUUGUUCAGCGAACAAAACUUCUUAAAGUUGGAGAUCCUGAUGAUAAAUCAACCAAUGUUGGUGCACUGAUUAGUAAACAACACUGGGAAAAAGUGAAACAUUACAUCAACAUUGCCCGUGAUGAUGGUGGUAAGAUUGAAUGUGGAGACGGGGUUGAACAACUUAGAUUACCACAACGUGUGAAAGGUGGUUUCUUCAUUCAACCUACCGUGGUGACUGGUGUUGAUGAUUCUUCACGAUGUGUUCAAGAUGAAAUAUUUGGGCCCGUUGUUUGUAUUAUGCCAUUCAACACAGAGGAAGAGGCAGUGAAAAGAUCAAAUGCCGUCAAGUAUGGAUUAUGUGCAACAGUGUGGACUAGUGACCUUGCAAGGGCUCAUAGAGUAUCUAAGAAACUGGAAGCAGGAACUGUGUGGGUAAACUGUUGGAUGGUUCGUGAUUUGAACAUGCCGUUUGGUGGAAUGAAACAAUCUGGUAUUGGUAGGGAGAGUGCCAAGCAUUCAGCCGAGUUCUUCACAGAGGCCAAGACAGUGUGCAUUAAAUAUUAAUAAUAAUCAUGUAAUGGGUUAUAGAGGUGUUGGUGGUAUAUGAACACUGGGUUAAAUCUAUGUAUGAUUUUAAUGGAUGCUGGAAAAGUUGAGUACAGUGGCGGGAAGUGUGUGGGCAAUUUAACUGUUUAUAAACUGCUGCAACUUUCUUUCAUUUAAUUAUUAUAUUCUUGCAUUAUGCUAAUGUUCUGAAAACAACAUAAUGUAACUUACAAAUUCUCUAUUUGUUCAUUUAAGCUUGGUUUGUUCAACAUGUUAAUAUCCAACACACAGUUGGUUUGUUUGAAUAGUCUUUUGUCAUGCUAAUGUCAUAUAAUUAAGAUUAGUAAUAAGUUCCAGUUAUGACAAGUUAAUUUAUCACAAAAUUGUUUGGGCUUUGUAUUUUACCUCUUAAGGUUUGUGUUUGAAAUAACUUAACAAUAUUUCAUGAUUCAAUCAUGUACACUUUUUUACCGUAAAUUGUUAUACUAAUUAGUGCAAUCAUUUUUCAUGUGCAAUAUGCAAUCAGAUGUUUAAGCAAAAUUGUUUGAUAAAGUGUGUAUUGUUUCAUACAGCAUAACACUUAGUUUAAGAUAGCACAGUUUUAAAACUAGUAAGAUAUUUUAUGAAUACAUCAUGUGUAUCUGUUGGAUGAGAAGAUAGCCAUGCUAUACCUCAACAGUAAAAAUAAGGUGAAUAAAUACACAUUGUGC